AUGGUGGCCUUAUGGCGUUGUGUCCUUGGGCUCGGGGCUCUUCUGAGCCUGAGCCUGAGCCCCAGCCCGGUCUCCGCCGUCAAGAUGCUCUACGACGACAGCCUUCCCGAGGAUCUCGAUGCGGCAUGUUCUGCGGCCCUCAUGGCCGAUAUCGCUUGCGAUCGUCUCGUGCCGGCCCUCCGCCAUGACUUCUACUACCCUCCUGCCACGCUGACCCGCAUGUGUACCGCUGGCUGCGCUUCUGCGCUCCAGUCGUGGGAGAGCUCGGUCCGGUCUGCCUGUGGCAACGACAUUGUCAUUCCUGCCGAGGAUGACCUUGACGCAUCACCCAUUGUGAUCCCGGCCAGCCGCCGGUACAUCUACAGCUUCACGUGUCUCAAGGAGAACGAUGUCUUCUGCGGCCCCGUUGCGGCAUUGACAGCUUUCUUCACCAAUCCUGGAGUUUCCGUCUUCAACUACAUCAACGAACUUCCCGAGGGCGCCGUUAAGCCCGCGGAUUGUGACCCGUGUCUCGCAGCCAGACUGCGCCUGCGAUCUGGGUCGCCCUACUUUGACGGCCCCGUCGUGGCCAGCGAGUCCAUCUACCAAACCCUGACGUCCAGCUGUGGCAUCACGGGCAAGCCUGCUACCACAUCUACCAUCGACUAUUUCACCAGCCAGCCGGAGCCCACCGAGUCAGUCUGCACCGGCACCAUGUACCAGAUCCAGGGCGGUGAUGAUUGCUAUAGCAUCUCUAAGGCUCAGAGUGUCGGUACAGCCUGGAUGCUGUCUGACAACCACCUCGGUGCUUAUUGUUACGAGUUCCCAACUUCGGGUAGUCUCUGCAUCACCAACACGUGCAAAACUGUCACGGUAGCAGUCAACACGACGUGCAAAGCCAUCGCUACGGCUGCGAACAUCACAGAGCCACAGCUGCUGGCUUGGAAUCCUGUCAUCAACCCGGUCUGUUCCAACCUCGACAUGAUGAACGGCACCACGCUUUGCAUCGAACCACCCGGACCCAAGCUGCCACCCGCCCAGACGACGGAUGUUCCUCCGGUGACGCCUACCACUGCUGCUCCGAUCCCCUCCAAUACUGCCAUUGGAUCUGACAAGCCCUGCGGCCGCUGGUACGAGGUCGAGGCCGGCGACUACUGCAACCUGGUGACUCUCAAGUUUGCCAUUUCUCUUGAUGACUUCAUGUUCCUCAACACAGGCAUCAACUCCAACUGCACCAACCUCUUUGCCAAGGAGAGCUACUGUAUCAAGGCGGUCGGUGACAUCAACAACUAUCCCGGCCGUCCCGGAGAUGUCUCCGUCACCAUUGACCCCAACGAGUUUUUUACCGGCGUCCCCUUCACCAUGUUGCCCAACGCCACCAUGACCCUGGAUCCAAGACCGACCCAGCUCCCGUUGGCCACCGGCGUCCGCGACGACUGCUCCUUCUACUUCAAGGGCGAUGAGUACCAGUACUCGCCUGACGUGUUCGGCUACUGGAACAGCAACUGCGAGAUUGCAGCGUCCAACUACAACGUCGACUUUGACAGCUUCGUCGCCUGGAACUCGCUCACGACAAACGUCAUGGACCCGGCAUGCGUGUUCCAGGUCGGCCUGCGGUACUGCGGCUCCUGGGGUCUGCCACCCAUACAAACCACCACCGAGGAGCCCGAGCCCACCGGGACCGGGACCGGGCCCCAGCCGCCAGCGGCCACGCACGAGGGCCAGCCGGAAGAUUGUGACGGCUGGCACGUCGUGUCCAGCAGUGACUCGUGCCAGUCCGUCGCCGACAACGCCGGAAUUUCCCUUGCGACGUUCCUCGAGUGGAACCCCGCCGUCAGCGACGACUGUACCGAGAACUUCUGGCUCGGACAGGCGUACUGCACGCACAGGGAGGGCCAGGGCAUCAGCAUCACGGCCUCGCAGUCUGCUUCGACCACAGCGUCGACGACGACCAAGCCUACCGCCCCGGCUCCCACGCACACCGGCCAACCUGCCGACUGCAACAAGUGGGACGUCGUGGUAAGCGGCGACAGCUGCGGGUCCAUGGCCACGGACAACGGUAUUACCGUGGACCAGUUCUAUGCUUGGAACCCGGCGGUAUCCCAGGACUGCGUGACAAAUUUUUGGCUGGGGCAGGCAUACUGCGUCGGCCGAUCUAGUGUCGGGGGUACCCCUACUACGACGUCGUCGCAACCAACGACAGCGAAGCCGACGGCGCCCGCGCCGACGCAUACCGGCCAGCCGGCUGAGUGUAACAAGUGGGAUGUUGUGGAGAGCGGCGACGGCUGCGCGUCCAUAGCCAGUGACAACGGCAUCACACUUGAUCAGUUUUAUAGCUGGAACCCGGCCGUCUCGAGGGAUUGCGUGACAAACUUCUGGCUUGGCCAGGCGUACUGUGUUGGCGUUUCUAGCUAG